UGAUAAACUGAGUUCGUAUUAAAAAUUACCGUUUCCCAUUUGAAAUAAAAACAACGGUAAGCAGAUAAUGAUGGCUCAGUGAAGUAUUUUCAACGACUACAAAUCAACACUUGAUACCAUAUGGAACGAAAUAUUGUAAUGGAAUUUAUAAAAGUAAUUGCAUGCUUUUUGGCAAUGAUAAGCCAAAUUUAUGGAGCAAAAAAAAUAAAAAUCCGAACAGAAUAUAAUGUUUGCAAUAUGGAAUCAAACUGGAACGUUUUCCCAAAUGAUGACGACUGCCAUAGAUUCUAUCUAUGCAUCAAUGGUAAAGCAGAGGAAUAUAAAUGUGACGAUAAUUAUUAUUUCGACCCAAAGGACAAACGUUGUAAAAUAGGAGACUGCCAAACUAUGGAAGCAAUAAACAAAUGUACAUCUCAAAAUAUACGCCGCGUCGAUGGCAAUUGUCAAGCCUUUUCCCUUUGUGAGAAUGGAAAAUAUGUCAUACAGAAUUGUACAAGGGAGCAAUAUUUUUCAACGAAAUAUGCUAGCUGUCAACCAAUAGCUAUAAGUGCAGACCACAAAUGUAGUUGCAUUCUACCUCCCUACGCUAUUAUCAGUAACCCAGACGAUUGUGAAACAUACUAUAUGUGCAUCGAUGGUAAAGCAAUACUACAGAAAUGUCCACGUGGACAGUAUUUCAGCGAACAAGUUAGUAGCUGUCUCCCAGAUUUGAGUGGCAUUUGUCUAAUUCCACCUACCAUGAGCUCCACUGAAUUGGCAAUGACUAAUAUAUGCAACAGUUUUGGCAAUAAUAUAGCGGGCUUUCAGCCAUAUGUAAAAGAAUGUGAUAAAUUCUUUUUAUGUAUAAAUGGGCGAGUGAUUGCUAGACGUUGUCCAAAAGGAUCAUAUUAUGAUAACGAUAACAGCUUUUGUCGUUGGGAUGUUAAUAGGAUAUGUGCUAAAUCGAAGAAGUUAGGCGAUGCUAAUUUAUUAGAAAAUGUUAUAGAAAAAGCCGAAAUUCCGAAUGGAAAUGAGAAACCAAAGGACGAUGCAGAAAUCAAACUAGAGGGGCCUAAAAGUUCUAAGGAAUCCACAAAUGGAACUAUUAAUAAAAUUCCUACGUUUGUUCAAAAUGUGAUAAGCUCUACAGAUAAUAGUAACAUAAAGGAACAUAAACUAGUUAUUGCUUUCGAUCAACCAAACAAAUCGGUAUACGAUAAGCUGUCAUCGAAAUUUAUAACCUUUUAAUUUCAAUUUAAAUUAAACAUUUAUAUAUUGCAUCUCGAUGCUUUUGUUUCUUUCUCAAAGCGAAA